AGGAGCGACCUUCGCAUCCGACCCCGGAGUCAUCAAUCAUCAUGGCCAUAUACAUCUGCGAUCGAUCGGAGACGUUCCAUUUUGUCCAUUUGGUCGUUGUCCUGGCUGAUGCACCCAAGAAGCUCAACUCGCUAGGCUCUGGUUACAGUGGCUGAGUGGAGAGUGGUUAGUCUUCCUCAAUUGUUCUUAAAGAUUUUGUCAGAAUAGAAUGACCAGUGUCUCGGACAGCACAGGCGAGUGGAAGAAGCGUAGCGUCGUCUCAUCAUUCAUCUUCAAACUCAGUGAUGUCAACGACGGCAAGCCGCAGGUCGCGCUCUUUGGGCGCAGUGACAAGGUUACAACAUACCAACACCACCUCGCCCCGAUAUCCGGCACCAUCUCCCCCUCAGACGCCACACCCCUCGCCGCAGCCUGGCGCGAGAUAUCCGAGGAAACCACACUCACACCCACCUCCCUAACCCUCCUUCGCCAAGGCAAGAGCUACACCUUCCAGGACCCUUCCCUCCGACGAGAAUGGACCGUCUUCCCCUUCAUGUUCCUCCUCAAAGACCCAGCUUACGAACAACGCAUCCAACUCGACUGGGAGCACGACGCCUGGGCGUGGUACGACCCUGACACAGUGAUCACUGGCCCGGACACUUUGCAAAGCCCAGGGGUGCCCCGGUUGGCGGAGAGCCUCCGCCGCGUAUACUUCGAGACUGACCUCGGCCCAGCGGCCGGAAAGGUCCUUUCUCGGGGUCUCGACACGCUGGCGCAUGACUACGAGAGCGGCGCGCGGCAGCUGGCGGGCAUCGCGCUGCAGAUUCUGCGGGAUGUUGUUGCUGCGCUUGAGGUUCCACACCUGGCUACGGAGAAUGCCAUGGAUGAAUGGUGGACCAAGGUGCGCUUCGCGGCCUGGCACCUGUGGAAGAACGGCCGGGAGAGCAUGGGCGCGGCGAUCCUGAGCGCGCUGCUUGCUGCGUUGAGCGGGAUGGAGAGGAGGAUGCAGGAGCAAUCACAUCUGCCGCUACUCGAACCGGAUUCAUGGAGGAAUGCCCUCCUCCAGUCGCUCACCACCCAAAUCGAAGCGCGACAGGCAUCAGCCAACCUCAUCUCCCGCGCGUUCACAACCUAUCUCAAAGAAACCUUCCCAUCCAAACUCACCUCCCACUCCCCCUCCCCCCUCUCAAUCCUAACCCUCUCCGAAAGCUCCACCAUCCGCCACUGCCUGCGCGAUCUCGCCCUCGAAUCCGGCUUCACCCUUGACCUGCACAUCCUCGAGUCCAGGCCGCUGUUCGAAGGCAUAUCACUCGCCGGAUCUCUAGUCGAAGAUCUCUCAACAGCUUCCCCAGGCACAGUGUCAGGUCCCAGACCGCCGCACAAAAUCACACUCUACCCCGACACCUCCCCCUGCCUCGCCGCAUCAUCCGCAUCAUCCGCAUCCGCAUCCGCAUCCGCAUCUACAAACGGAAUUGACCUAGUCCUCCUGGGCGCAGAUCGCAUCGCCUCCUCCGGCGCAGUCAGCAACAAAACGGGCUCACUCCCCGCCAUACUCAGCGCCAAACACGUCUCCCACAACAAGGCUAGGGUUAUUGUACUGGGUGAGUCGGAGAAGGUGGCGCCGCCGGGACGGCCCGAGGAGCAUGUUGUUGAGGACAAUGAUCCGGCUCAGGUUAGUCGGGCGUGGCAGGCGGAAUACAAUGGGGCACGAGUCCGCGCCGCGGCUGAAGCGUUCCAAAACCUGGGGCAGGAGUCGGAUAUGGAGGAUGAGAAUGGUCGGGUCAAGGUAGAGAUCCGAAAUGUGUUCUUCGAGUGGGUUCCUGCCAGUUUGGUAGAUGUGUAUGUCACUGAGCACGGGGAAUGGACGCAACGAGAGAUUGCACGGCAGUCGGAGAGCUUGAAAGCUGAGGAGGCACGCCUGUUCGGCAGUUUGUAGUGUUCAAGGAGUCAACGGCUCAUACAAAAAGAGCAGUCUGCAUUCCAAGUUGGUAUCUA